UUUCUAAAUUUGUAAAAACGAACAAAAAGGAACUCUUGGGGCCAACAAAAGAAAAAAAAAACAGAAAAGAGAGGACUUGUUAGCAAAUAACGAAGCUGAUUUUGAUCCUCACUUAGCUGUUACUAUCAGGUUGUAUUUAACUCAAUUCAGUAAGUCCAUUUUGUCUCCAUCUCCGACGAUAUCGCCUUUUUCCGACGAUCGGCGAUUGAAGGCAUGGAUUCCGAAGCUGAUUUUGAUCCUCCUCCGUCUUUUGAUAACGUGAAGAAUAUGGCCAAGGAUGUUGAAGUGAAAGGAUUCAACCCAGGAUUAAUUGUCUUAACUGUUGUUGGUGGACUCGUGUUGGCAUUCCUAAUCGGAAACUAUGUGCUUUACAUGUAUGCACAAAAAACCCUUCCUCCAAAGAAAAAGAAGCCAAUCUCCAAGAAGAAGAUGAAGAGGGAAAGACUGAAGCAAGGUGUUUCGGCACCUGGAGAAUAGAUAUACUAGACACAUCGGGGUUAUUCCCCUUGUUCAUCUGAGAAGACUAUGUUAGUUCAUAUCCAGCGGCAGUGUCAAAUAGAUGGUUGUUAAUGUUACCAAUUUGCCAUCAUCAUAGUUAGAACUUAAACUUUAGUAUAUGCUUCUAUUUUUCUGUUAGCUGACUGAGAAGUUGUUUUCUUGCGAGUUACUGAAUCAUCUAUCUUCUUCCAGUAGAACUAGUCUUGCUUUUCGUUUUUCCUGUUUGGUGAUAUCAGAACUUCUAGGUAGGUUUAUGCUUUA